AUGAAUCGUCUUAACAACCUCACACGUGUUAUUCCAAAACCCUUUUUUGGCAACAUUAGAAUUAGUUAUCCUCUAUGUUCUAAAUCUCUUGGGCAGGCUUCUUUGAGUAAAGGAAUUAGAUUUUAUUCCAGCGCUCAUGAAAAUGAAUCUUUUGAGGAAUUCAGUGAUCGUUAUAUUAAAUUUUUUGAAGGAGUUGAUGAUCGAUUUGAAUUACAAAGAGGUCUUAAUAAUUGCUUUGCAUAUGAUUUAGUUCCUUCACCUGAGGUAAUUCAGGCAUCUCUUAAAGCGGCCAGACGUAUAAAUGAUUAUUCAAUUGCUGUCAGGGUUUUUGAAGGAUUAAAACAAAAACUUGCGAGUGAAGAAAGUAAAUAUAAUGAAUAUUUGGAUGAAUUAAAACCUAUAAAAGAAGAGUUGGGAGUAUUGACAAAAGAAGAAUUGGGUUUAUGA